GCCGCUUGACAAGCAGCAGGCCUCUAUUUCCAGGCGCUGAACCGAGCGUUCGAGGGCGUGUAUUUGUAGAUGUGUUUACAUUGCAUUCCGGUGAAAGUGUUUCUAAAGUCGGCCGCAAGAUGAUGCAAUUUAUGCUGCUGUUCAGCCGACAGGGCAAGCUGCGGCUUCAGAAGUGGUACAUGGCUCAUCCAGACAAGUUGAAGAAGAAGAUCACUCGUGAACUAGUCACAACCAUUCUUGCCCGAAAGCCAAAGAUGUGCUCCUUGGAGUGGAAGGACCUGAAAGUCGUCUAUAAACGGUAUGCCAGUCUGUAUUUCUGUUGUGCUGUGGAACAGGUGGACAACGAGCUGCUGACUCUUGAAGUAAUUCACCGAUAUGUGGAGCUGCUGGACAAGUACUUUGGAAGUGUGUGCGAGUUGGACAUCAUCUUCAACUUUGAGAAGGCCUACUUCAUCCUUGACGAGCUGCUUGUCGGCGGCGAGAUGCAGGAGACGAGCAAGAAGAAUGUCCUGAAGGCCAUCGCAGCGCAAGAUUUACUUCAGGAGGAUGAAGCCGUUGAAAACGCCCUCAAAGAGUUUGGACUCAUAUGAAUGUGAUGUGUUUUCUUUUUUUUAAACGAUGACAACAUCACUGUGGUCUAUCUCAUCUAGAGAGGGACAUUCUAGCAGUCUGCUCUUCUGCCUUUUGUCUUUUAUUUUUUUUCAACUUCCAUCUCCUGGACUGCUUAUCCUUCUUUUUCUUUAAAUGUUUUUUUUUACAAGUGCUUUUUUCACAGACUGUGACAUCUUUUGUGUACGGUUUUGUGACAAACUUAGCGCAAAUGCGAAGAGACACUGUACCGAACAAAUUUACUCCUGUGUACUCAUUGCUGUUUAUUUUUUUUAUAGAAGCAAGAUCUGUUUUGUGCACUCUCCUUUAUUUUUUUUUUGGAGACCCGGUGGUUGUGUGAUAAAGGAGAGACUAUAAGGUCUCUUGCAUUGAUGGGUAGUGGCUGGGUUUUUGGCAGACCUCAAAGUUCUUGAACAUCAGAAUGCCAUUUUAAAGGUCCCGAAUAUCCAUUUUAAUUGUAAAGUAAUUGCUAAAGGUGUUUAAAUUUUAGGUUUUUUCUAUCUGGACAGUUCAGAAAACAUGCUGGUGUAAUACAGUUAACAGCACUCUGGUAGUUGAGUACAUUUUUUCCUUUGUGAGGUAAAGAAAAUUACAGGGGCAGGAGCCACAUUAGGUAAAGAUUGUUUUUCCAAGCAGUCAAAUGUAAUGUAGUUUUAGUUAAAGAUAUUCAAGGACUUUGAAUGGGGCUUAUUCUUAUGAAGCAGUUCAACUGCUGUGAACUCUGCAUACUGUCAGUCACUGCACACAAGUUGAUGCAGGUGUAUAUGCCUGCUUUCUCACGAAAUAUACGCAAUGUUGUUUCACUGGCUCUUCCCAAAGCCCUGGCAAAUGCCUUACUCGCCCGGUGUUGUUCAGUAUUGUGUGUUUUUGCACGUGGUAGUUUCCCUAAUUUGUGUUGUGUCGUGGCUGUCUUCAGUGCAUGAAUGGGGGCGGCACCUCUGUGCUCGUCUCUGCUUUAGUGCAAUUAACGCUCGCAUAUUCGUUUUUUUGAAAUUCGCUGUUUACUCUUCUUUGCUGGUGUACACUUUAACCCUUGUGUACAUAUAAGACCCAGGCUUGUUGCUUGGACCUUAUAUAGCACAGAUUGUUGUGGUACUUGGUGUGGUCUGAACAAAUGAAAGGGGAGAGGGGGGGUAGCAUAUUUUCUGUGUCAUAAAAGUGACAGGGGUGUUCUGCUAUUGCAUGCAAGUGGGCGACCUCUUGCCCUUUCUCUGGAAUGUGCAACCAGGUCUUGUUUCUGGUUGGCUGGCAUAAUGCCUGGAUUUCGCUGCACUUCGCGGAAUCCGUGAGACAGAAUGUAGCGAGAAAAUCAAUCUCUCAUGACAGUUUGUCUUCUGUUUUUGUUCCUCUGUGUGGUUAUUGCAAGGCAUUUUCUCUCAUAACAGAUCUGACGUGUUUGUCAUUACAUGAGUUUCAUUUACUACAUAUGCUUGAGUAACAUCGGAGCUUGUAAUGGUAGGUUUGCCAAUGCAGUCGCUUCACAACAGCCUGUGCUAUCAAAAGCCUACAAUAUCUCUUUUUAUACUGCAAACAGAGAGAAGCAGAUAAUUAGAUUAUGGUAAAAAUAUUCUUAUUCUUUUAGCUUCACUGGCAAAGCAUCUAUGGUUGGUAUUAUGAUGGGCAGAGCCUGCAUUCACCUUGUUGGUUACAUAUUUGGGCAACACUAUUUAACUAAGCCAACUGGCUUAACUUGAAAGAUAGCUUUGGCACUGUUACAGUCAUCGUGCAAAAUGUUUUUGCUAGGGGAUGAGGACUGUGAAUGAAUUGGGAUCCAACAUGUUAUCUGCCCACACAUGAAAGUUGUGGGCUAAUUAAGUGGCUGCAGCAUCGUAGAUUUCACUAAAAAAAAGGGAAUGAACUCAUCGGUCACGAGAAGUUGUCUUUCGAAGAAGCAAUAUAAGUUAAGCAAUACAUGUCGACAUUCGCUCUUAGUGCAUGUUCGACACACUUUGUCUACCUUUAAUGGCAGUUAUUGCCGGUUGUUUAUGGAUUUUUGUUGUAAAUAGAAAGCCACGACAAAAAAAGCAAAGCAAGGAAGACAGCUGAAUGAAGGAUUAUAUACAAUACUUCUGCUUCGUGAAAGCCAGUUAUAAAAAUCCAGCUUCACUCAUGUCUUUUGACUGAUUCUUAGAAGGUCCUGUAAACCCUAUCGCUUAUACUCAAACCUAGAUAUAACAGACACGGGUAUAACGGAUUAUUGGUUAUAAAGAAGUAAAUGAAGAAUAGUCUUGUCACAGAUAACACUGUUACAGAUAAACAUUUAUAACGAAUUUUCAGAUAUAAUGAAAUUAUUGUGCGAACAGACGCGAUUGUUAUAACGAGGAUUGAGUGUAGUGUAAACAUUGCAAUGCUGCAGACGGUAAGGCACCUUUGCUCCAGCCACAUGGCAGCGCACUUCUCACAUCUAUGUGAUUGAUGUCGUAAGUGUACGGUCAUGCAAUCCCUCGAAUGUACACAAACCUGGUGACUGUCUUGUGUGGUAUGCAAGCUUUCUUUGCAAUUUAUCAGUCUCGGUUUCACUGUGAGGGCAGUAGCUGAGAUUCUGAAAUGUGCAUUGUCACGCUCAUUUCAAAUUGCACCUCGCAUCGGGCUGCAUGAACAGGAAACAUAGUUUCCCUUGUCAUUUGGUGCACAGGUCUAGCCUGUAGGGGCUGCGCAGUGCGGGAUGUGAGGUGCCAGUUGACUGACAUACCCAUAGUUAUGACAAGCACGCGAGGACAACAUUGGCGUGAGCCAACGUUUGUUUGUAGUACCUGUAUUUAAAUGUAUGAAAGAGGCCGUGCAUCAGUGGCUGAAAAUUUCGUCCAGAUAGACAAUCGUUUUGCUUUGCAUAUAUUUGUGAUUUAUAGGUGGGAGGCUCUCAGUACACAAAACUGCUUGCAUCAAAUGCCUACAGCACCCUUCCUUCACAAUCACUGGCCUUAGAAUGUUGAUGCAAAGUUUGCAGUACUACAUCACAAAAAUUUAACACUUUAAAAUGUAACAUGUGAAACCAGUACUCCAUUUAAACUUUGCAUGAGCAAAGACCUUUUUAACAAUGUUGCUGUUUCUUAAGAGGGUUUCUUUGAAAUGCCAUUUCAAGUCUGCUAGGGUGUUUUCAGUGUAAUAGUGAGUCUUGAAAAUAACUGUGUAGGGGUAAAUUGUGAUGAACACGGUCUAAUAUUGUGACGAGUCAUCUUUUGUCUGUAUAAUUGUUCAUUAUCAUGAUAUAACACUGCAAAUUAUUAGCAAUAUAUGUUAAUGUUCAGCAAGGUGGUCCAGUUAAUUAAAUUAUUUAAAAGUUUAACGGUUAGAGACUAAUUGCUCAUUGAAAAAUUAUUUCCUAGAAAUGUGCUAGGAUAGUUCAAUUCCAUUACAUUUCUUUUUUUUUUUGAGAUUCUUCAACAGUAGCUUGUAUUAUUUAUUUGCUUGAAUAUUCUGAGUAAGUUAGAUAAUUGGUUAAAAAAUGUUGCAUUUUCACUCUGUGAAAUGAACUCCCUGUUUUUCAUCCUGCAAA